AAAUAGUAAGACUUUGCAAGUCGAAGAUUUUGGUAUCAUCAGUGCGAACAGUAGAAAAUAAUGUCAAUUUGACCGCGAAUGCAUUCUAAGUUUUUUAUUUUUUGCAUUUCACUGUACCGUCGUUAGAAAAAGAAAAAGAAAUAAGAGUAGACUGGAUUAGCCAUAACAGCUAAUCUUUGUCAUUGAUAAAUUGUCAAUCUACCACUAAGUACUCAGUAGUCAAAUCCGGGAAGGAAAGGGUUAACUUAAAAAAUUAUAUAUGUAAAACGGAUUUGAAGUGACAAAGUUAAACAGCGGUCGAUCGAGUCAGAAGAGAUGGCAGAAGUACCCUACCAGACAAUGAGUGAUGGAAGUCAUGUACCGAAAACGGUCCACCUGGACCCGGAAAGCCAGGUGGAGAUACGUGGAUUGUCAUUCUCGGAAGAAUCCAUACGAAAAGCCUUCAUCCGUAAGGUGUACCUAAUUCUUACGGUACAAUUGGCCAUAACAAUGGCAUUUAUUUCCUUGUUCAUGUACCAUGCACCGGCACAAGCGUUCGUCGAGCAAAAUCCGUGGAUUGGGAUCGCGGCAUUCGUAACGAUGUUCGCUGUGCUCAUAAUUAUGGCCUGUUGCGGCGAGAUGAGACGCAAGACGCCACAUAAUUUCAUAUUUUUAGCCAUGUUCACAGCUGCCCAAGGGCUCAUGCUGGGAAUCAUUUCCACCCAGUACAGUUCCAAUCAGGUGCUCAUGGCAGUUGGCAUCACGUGCGUAAUCUGCAUUGGACUGACGCUGUUUUCGUUCCAAACCAAAUGGGAUUUUACCUUGAUGGGUGGCUUCCUGUUCGUAGCAUUGUUGGUGGUGUUUGUGUUCGGUAUUAUCGUGGCAUUCUUCCCCGGAAGUGCCGCGAACUCAGUUUAUGCCGUCUGUGGGGCACUUUUGUUCUCGCUUUACCUGAUCUACGAUACGCAGAUGAUGAUCGGAGGAAGCCACAAGUACUCGAUUAGCCCAGAAGAGUACAUUUUUGCCGCUCUCAAUCUCUACCUGGACAUCGUUAACAUUUUCUUGUUCAUUUUGAGAGCUUCUAGAUAAGCAUUUGGAUGCGGAACUUAACACUUUUUUUU